AUGGGAUUGUACGUGCCCUGGAACUUUCACGAGCCCCAGCCAGGACAGUACCAGUUUUCUGGGGAACAUGAUGUGGAAUAUUUUAUUAAGCUGGCCCAGGAGCUGGGACUGCUGGUCAUCCUAAGGCCUGGACCCUACAUCUGUGCAGAGUGGGACAUGGGAGGAUUACCUGCUUGGCUAUUGUUAAAAGAGUCUAUUAUUCUCCGUUCUUCGGAUCCAGGUUACCUUGCAGCCGUGGACAAAUGGUUGGGAGUCCUCCUGCCCAAGAUGAAGCCUCUCCUCUAUCAGAAUGGAGGGCCAAUCAUAACCGUGCAGGUGUAUGUCGAAUGAAGCAAUGAGAAGGCGGAUCUGGCCAGAGGGACCUUUCUGACACUGCACGUUGAAGAGAGGCCAGGUUGCUGCUCGCAGAGGGAUGUCCAGGGAGCGCCGAAGGCCCCUCCAGCUGACCUGAGUCUGUACUGGUGGAGCAUACAGGAGCCCAUUUUUCUGUAUGAAGCUUCAAGGCUGCAACUUGAGUGUGUCUUUGCACGGCCGGGUCUUCUUCCUCUCUUAAUCUCAAGUUUUCUCUAGUCUUCCUCCCUUUUUAGUCUCUGCUUCUUUCCAAGUCACUUUUAAUUUUUGCUCACAACUUUUCUGUACCUUUUGGUCAUUGAAAUGCCACGAAAAGUGUAAUCAGAUAUGAACUCUGCAGAGGAGCGCAAUGUUGGCUGCCCUGGGGGCAUUUCUUGAGUACAUCCCUGGCAGCCUCGGAUGGCCUGAACUUGACUGUGGGUCCUCCCCGGGGACUCAGCCUCCUCCUCCGCCUUUCACACGUCCACCUGCUUGAAUGCCACCUAGUCUGUGUGCCCCUUGACUACUAAAUAAACAAGUAAGUGUGGGAGCUACAGAAGAAUAUAAGAAAACAGAAAAGCCAUAAUUUCACUUAAAUGUCCGGGGUCAGAAGCAAAGCUUUUCAUAUUUUGGAGAGAUUUCCUUGAAUUUUUUCCCAUGCCUUUAAAAAAUUUCUUUUUACAGAGUCAGUUUAAACUGUGUGACCAGUUUCUUAUCCGACUUUUCUUACUUUAGUCUUAUGUCAUAAGCAUUUUUUCAUAUCAUUAAAAAAUCUUCGGGAUGCCUGGGGGCUCAGUUUGUUGAGCGUCUGA